AGUGGCGUAUUUAGGGGGGGUGUCCUGGGGGUUAAAACCCCCCCCAAUUUUUUCUUAGUUAUAUUCAUUACUGAGGUAUCACAAAAUACGAAUAACGAAAUAUUUUAAAACUGCUUUGAAAAAUGAAAAUUGAAUAAUGUAUAUUUUAUAUUUUCAUCUUAUACCAGAUAAUAGUCAAUAGGUAUUAGCAUUGAUUAUAUAUAUUGCGUGUAUAUAUAUAUAUAUAAAUAGCUCUCUAGGUGCAGCCGUGCAGGCAGUGGCGAAAUAACUAAAAUAGUCACAACAUUGUAAUUUGUAGUGUGGCACGACGAUUGUAGUCGGACCGGUCGCAACUGGUAACCAAAAAUAAAACAGAAUAUUGUGAACUAUGUAAUUCUUAGAAUUGUAUUAUCGUUUCGGCCAGCCGUAUUAUUGGCUAUCGCCUUAUUAUCUUUCUUCAAAUACAACAAUUAUUAUUAUCUACGAAUUACGAUAGCAAAAGACCAACGAUAUAAAGUGUACUAUGUACAGUUGUCAGUUGACAGUUGUACACUCGAAGUACAACAAUAUUAUAUUUUGCUGAACUGCUGCCGACUGUUGACGUCGUAAAUACAUCAAAUUUACUGAAAAUGGCACAAAAGAAACAAACUUCUAUUUCGUAUUUUAUGAAAAUAUCGAACUGUCGUAGUCAACCCGAUUCUAAGCAGGACAUUUCCUCAUGUAUUACGUCUGAAUUAGAAGAUACGUCACGUUCAUUAUCAUCCCCCUCCAAAAAGCGAACACAUUCUUCUAUGAUUUCUUCAAUAAAAAAUACAGAUGAUUCAACCCCAAUAUCAGAUCUCGUCUCAAAAUCUAUUGUUGCUGAUUCUACUAAUUUUAUGAAUGUAUAUGAUAUAGGAUUUUAUAUAAACCGUACAUUAUCACAAAAUGAAAUAUCUGAUAUUAUGAAUAAUCUAUGGGUGCCAGAUAUCAACUACAAAUUUCCAAUAAAAAUGUAUAUGAAAAAAAACAAGCAAGUAAAUUUAAAGUUUCAAUAUUCGUGGCUUCUGAAGUAUCCAUGGCUAUGUUAUUCCGAAAAAGAAUGCGGCGCUUUUUGUAAAUUUUGUGUAGCAUUCGUUAAGUCUGGUGUUGGAUAUAACUCAAAAAAGCCAAAUUCUUUUGUAGUGACUAAAUUCGAUAACUGGAGAAAAGCACUGGAAGGAUUUCAAAACCAUAGUGAAACAAAUUAUCACAAAACCUGUUUAUCCGAUUCUGAACAUUUUCUUAAAGUACAAAAAAAUAUUAAUGAAGACAUACUCCAGUAGAAAGAAUCAAAUAAUGAAAAAUCGCGAACUUUUAACUCCGAUAAUCGAAGCAAUCAUUUUAUGUGGCAGGCAGAAUAUAGCAAUUAGAGGACACAGAGAUUCCGGUAAAUUAAUGAUCGACCAAACUGAUGACGAAUAUGAAAACAAUGAAGGGAAUUUUCGGGAAAUUUUACGGUAUAGGGCUCGAGGUGAUAAGCAGCUUAAAUUAUUUUUAGAAAGUAAUGGACAUUUAAAAUACACAAGUGCGACGAUUCAAAACGAAAUCAUCGAAUCGUGUAACCAAAUUUUAUUGAAACGAAUUGUGAGUAGAGUGAACUCUGCUCAAUGUUUUUCAAUACUCGCCGAUGAAACAGCUGAUUUGUGGCAAAGACGACUGAGAAAUUUAGAAACUUCUAACUAUAGAAACGCAAUGGAAGCUUUGUCUAUAUGUAAUCCAGAAAUAUACCCAAAUAUAUUUAAAUUGUUAACAAUUUUUGCGACACUGCCAGUUUCAACUGCACAGAACGAAAGAUCAUUUUCAUCACUUAAAAAGAUAAAGACUUAUUUACGUAAUACUAUGGGCCAAAAAAGGCUAAAUGGAUUAGCCAUGUUAUCAAUCAAUCGGAAGGAUCGCAUUGAAAGUAAGCAAGUAUUGGACGAAUUGGCUGUAAAAAAAAGACGUCUACCUUUAAUACUGUGAGGUUAAAGUUUUGAAAUUUUAGUGGUUUUUUUUCUUUUAAUAUAUCUAUAAUAUUAUAUAAGUAUACAAAAUAAAUUAAACUCAUACGAAAAAAUACUCAGUAAAUUUAAGUGUUAGAUUGGUUUUAUUUUAUUCAGUAAAAUUGUUUAUACUUUAUUCCUGUCAUAAUUGUAUUAUAAUUAAAAAUGUAAGUAGCAAUCCUAUAAUUUUUUUACAAAAAAAUGUCCACUUAUAUAAGGUAUUAAGAUGUAUUAUAAUCAGGUAUGAUUUAGUGAUGAAACUAUGUUAAUAUUUGUCAUUAAAUAACUGUGGAGAUCAGGAGUCAGGACUCAGGACACCCCCCAAAAAAAAAACCCAAAAUACGCCACUGCACACUUCUAUACUACUUUAGUAAUUAGUUCCUACAAAUU